GCAGUCGAGGCCCGGCGCCGUGCGGGGUGGGAUGUCCCGGUGCGCAGCUGUGCGGGGAGCGAUGUCCGCGUCUUCAGCCAUGGCACGGCUGCUGCUCCUCCUGUGCGCCGCAUCGGGACUGCUGCUGGCGGCCGUGGCGGCCAUCCCGCCGCCCGAGGAGGCGGCGCGCAUGGCGCGCUACGUCCUGCACAGCUGCGACUGGGGCGCGCUGGCCACGCUGUCGGCGCAGGAGGGGCUGCGCGGCCGCCCCUUCGCCAACAUCUUCUCCCUCAGCGACGGCCCGCCCGGGCCCUGCGGCGGCAGCGGUGUGCCCUACCUGUACCUGACCGACAUGGAGAUCUCGGUGCAGGACCUGGAGGUGAAUUCAAAUGCCUCCUUGACUGUGUCUUUGGCACAGACUCCUUACUGCAGGAAGCACAAAUAUGAUCCCCAGAACCCCCUCUGUGCCCAUAUCAUCUUCGUUGGGAGCAUUGUAAAGGUGAAUGAUUCAGAAGCAGACAUAGCCAAAAAAGCAUUAUUCACUCGCCACCCUGAAAUGGAGAGCUGGCCCAAGGAUCACAAUUGGUUCUUUGCCAAAUUCAACAUCACCAAUAUUUGGGUCCUGGACUACUUUGGUGGAUUGAAAAUUGUGACACCAGAGGAGUACUACAGUGUCAAGCCUUAG